AUGUUGUUUGUGUCGUUACUGCUCAUAUCUCUCUUCUUCACAUAUUGCUCAGCGUUCCCCACCUGGAUAGGCGCUCCUGGGUCUAUAUCUAUUGGCAACAUCGUCCCAGGAGCCGCCCACAUUGAAGUUCUUGGCCCCUACCUUGUGGGAGACAGCUCCAAGAAACAUCUAUCCGUUCCUGUUGUAGGACAACCAGGAAACCUUACUAUUGUCUCAAAUGAAGAUGCUACACCUCCGCUCUUCUUUAUUAACCAUAACCAUCUUUGGCAAUCGAUCAACGAGACAGCCAUCUUCCCAGUUACCUUGAAGAAUGUCACUACCAUUCCCCCGGGAGCAACACAAGUACCAUUACAACUCGCUCUUGAUACGAAACAUAGUGGCGUUGCUGGAGGAUCUUGGAAAUGGAGAGGCACCAGACUCCAUUACCAUCAUGGUGCCGCAUCAAAUGGAGGCAUCUUCUAUAGUUGUCCGUUGGAAGAUGGCAGUGUUGGUUUGUUCUUGUUCCUUCAAGUGUAA